GCACUCGCCAUGCCUAGAGCCUUCUUGGUGAAGCGCCGGAGCCCGCAGCCGGCGGUGCGCAGCUGGGAUGGGCUGCCCGACGAGGAGAGAGCCGACACCUACAUCCCAGGGGGAAUCGGCUGCGUGCUGCUGGGCUAUGAAGACAGCUGCAGCCUGGAGAGCAGCGGGAGCAGCGGGACCCACGAUGCCGAGCCCAGUGACCCCCCGACGCCCCAGCCUGCCCGCGGCGACCUGGGCAUGGCCGGAGGGAUGCUGCUGGAUCUGGCCGUCAAGCGCCCUGUGGUCAGGUCGAAAAUCAAGUUUACCACUGGCACCUGUAAUGAUGCUGCAUUGCAUAGCUGCGAGCUGUGUGGCAAAGGCUUUCGCUUGCAGCGAAUGCUCAACCGUCACAUCAAGUGCCACAGCCAAGUGAAGAGACACUUGUGCACCUUCUGUGGAAAAGGCUUCAAUGACACCUUUGAUCUGAAAAGACAUGUCCGGACCCAUACUGGAAUUCGUCCUUACAAGUGUGAGGUUUGCAACAAAGCCUUUACCCAGCGCUGUUCCCUGGAGUCCCAUCUCAAGAAGAUUCAUGGUGUGCAGCAGCAAUAUGCCUACAAACAGAGGCGAGAUAAACUUUACGUGUGCGAAGACUGCGGCUACACGGGCCCCACGCAAGAGGACCUGUACCUGCACGUCAGUAACGUUCACCCUGGAAGUGCUUUCCUGAAGAAAACCUCAAAAAAACUUGCAGCAGUUUUGCAAAACAAACUGAGCCCUGUCCUGCAGAGGAACUCCAAGGAUGAUGACAAAGAUGAGUAAUGAAGUGGAUUGCAGCGGUCUACAGGAAUGAAGUUUACAUGUAGGACAAUAUAUAUAUAUAUAUUAUUUUUUUAAAAACAAUUUUGGAAAAACCUGAAAUUAAAGGGAUGCUUUAGUUAAUGGGACUCUCUUGUUGGUAACCUCAACUGGAAAGAAAUAUUCCCAUUUAUGAUGAAAACACCAGACUUUUUUUAUUUGGCCAAUAAAAAUGGAAAGCUUGGAAGAGGCUGUCAUCUCUCACAUGGAGUAUUUACUGAACUGAUAUUUGGGCAAUCUGUCUUCUCUUUCAGCUCUACCACACAUCAGCUGCCACUGACAAAUAAGCUCACCUUUCUCUGUGUAUUUUGUAAAGUUAAUUUCUGUUACCUCCUGUACAAAUUACUUUUGAGAGGUUUGAGUGAAAAGCGCCAGGUAAGAACAGCUUGUU